AUGAAUCGACAAUUGUCUGGUGUAAAGAGCCGGAGCAGCAGUAGUAAAGGCUUCGAUUUGAAUGGGAGUGAUGACGAGUACGAUGAUGUUGAUUUGGGCAACGCAGGAUGGGCUUCCUCUUCCAAUAAUGAUGGUGAUGUUGUCCAGCAGUGGACUCUGCGGAUUAAAUCCUUUCAAGACUUGGAGUUGCAGCUUCCUUCCAAUGCUAUAGUAUCUGACUUGAAGGAACGGACCAAGAAUGCCUUGGGGGAUCGUGCGAAGAACCGGUACAUGCGAUUGAUUUGCAAGGGACGACUGCUGUCGCCUGAUGACUCGCCUAUUCAAGAUUUUAAUGUCAAUGAUGGUGACGUGGUUCAUGCUGUUUUGGCACAACCACAAGUGCAGGCUCAGCAGCGACGAGACAAACGAGACCAUGUUGUGGAUGCAAACACGACUACCAACAAUACUACUACUACUAACAACAACAGUGAUGGUUCCACACUUCAGAGACGCCAACGGCGGCGUGGACGUGACACUGUGGUAGGUCCUGGUGGUAGGGUCACUCGUGCCCAACCUCCUGAAGGUGAGGACUGGGGAAAUAGUAGUAGUAGUGAAGAUGAGGAUACGGAAAUGGGACGAGAACGAUUGGGCUUUGAUCGAUUGCGAGGGAGCGGCAUGUCCCGAUCCGAGAUCACUGCCAUUCGAACCUACUUUUCGCGACAGGUCGAUCGGCAUAUUGAACAGCACCCGAAUAGCCACGAUGAAGAACCAGAUUUGAGAAGGCGGCGGUUCCUUAUGGAGGACGAUUGGAUGGCUCUCCAAGGUCCAGCUUCCGAAUUUCGAUUGAAUCUUAAUCAGAGCACACUGCUUCGUUUCACCACUGGGAUGUCUGGAGCCAAUGGAAUUGGUGGUCGGAAUUUGAGGGUCCCGGCAAGGACCAUGGGGACUUCCCGUGACUUUUAUUGGGGGUUCAUGCUGGGUUUCUUUGUUGGUUUUGGGAUGCUCAUUUGGGUGUGGGUGCCAUCGAUACCACAUAAGCAAAAAUUGGGUAUCAUGACUGGCAUUACCAUGGCCUUGGCGCUGGAAAUUCUUCAGGACGAACACAUUGAUGAAUUUGAUUUGGAAUAA